GGCCUCCAAUUUCCUGCAAUAGGGUGAGAAGAGCGCGAGGAGUGCGAGAAAACAGAGCCGUCCGCGCUUACCUCGGACGCCAGAGCGCCUCGCAGCGCGGCCUGUGAGUGGACGCUGUCCUCCCGGGCACUGCUGCCCUCUGCUCCCACCUGCUGACAGUGCCCAGCCAUGAAGGUGUGAGGGGGAAGAGAAGAUGCCGCGGACGAAGCAGAACCACCCCAAGAACUUGAAAGAUAAAAUAGAAGAGGCACAGAAAGAACUUAAAGAUCCCAGAAUUGCCCAGAAAGGUAUUGUUGAGAGAGGCUGCAGGCAUGGAGAAAUUAAGGGCUUGAAGCGGAAGAAGGUUAUUGGGGAAAACCAGCUGAAGAAGGUUCCCAAGUCACCGGUGAAAAAGGCCCCAGAGACUAAGACUUGUGGAGCAGUGGCCCCUGGGACCUCGUGCCAAGAGGACACAGCCUGCUGUUCUUUCACAAGAGCUCCCUCCCCAAGUUCCCUCGGCUUCCCCGAGCGAAAUGGGGACACGGAUGGUGUUCCACAAGAACGCCACCGCCCCCCUGAGGGACAGCCAGUGACAAACGAGGUCACGGUGUCCCCCAUUUGCAAGAGGCCAAUGCAGACAGGAGUGUCUGUUGGCCAGCAGCAGUCUUUGCCCCUGCGUGAUGCAGGCGAGGGCAGCGAUGGUGGUAUGGGAAGCUUUGGGAUGAAAGGAGAAUGGAAUAGCCAGGCUGGUGCGGCAUCCCCCUCGCACUCCAGUGCCUCGCUAGAGGUCUUGCUCAAGGCCAUGGAAUCAGACUUCAGCUCCUUAACUGAGAAGGAAACCUCCUUUUGUGUGACACCCUUCGGGAAGACGGGAGCAAUUCCUGGAGCGCAGUCCACGGUACAAGGUGCUGCCGCCAAGCCAGCUGUCAGCUAUGGAAUUAACUCUCAGCCUGUUGUGAUGCAGCCAGAGUUUUCUAUGAGACGGCUGCGCUACCAUAAUCCCCAGACUACACAGGCGGUUGUGCAAGCUGCGGAACCAGCUACAUCGCUGCAAUACCGGCCUGUGGAAGUUACAACGGAGAGUAGCCAGCCAAACUCGCAAGUCACACUGCAGAUGACCCACCAUCGGGAGAAGCUUGGUGUUAAGCAUCUGUACGGAAUGAUGCCAGCAACUUCCCUGCCUCACACACCAGUUCCCUCUGGCCACAAGGCUCUGCCUCAAAGUCAGCCGCUGGUCUACACCUGCCAGUCAGUCUCAGCCAGUGUUCCCAGUGCAGUUCAGGUCCCAGUUACACCAGGGUACAACCAAGUACAGAUGGCAACUAUUGUGAACCCAGGUAUGGAGCCAAUUUGCAAUACUUCUGUUAAGGAUCAGAAACCCAAGAAGCAAGGGAAAUAUGUGUGUGAGUAUUGUAACCGGGCGUGUGCGAAACCCAGCGUGCUAUUAAAACACAAACGGUCCCACACAGGGGAACGGCCCUACCCUUGUCUAACUUGCGACUUUUCCUUUAAAACAAAGAGUAACCUGUACAAGCAUAAGAAGUCCCAUGCACACGCCAUCAAACUGGGGAAGGUGGCACAGCCUGACGCGGGGAGCAGGGCCUUGUCCCAGGAGUCCGACAAGGGUCUUAGUGCGCACUCGGAUGUGGAAGAGAGUGCUGACAGUGAUAAAGAAAGCGUAGCUGACUUGGACGCAGACUCAUCGCAGAGCAGCAGUAGAGUUCUGUCCGAGAGCAGCUUGCAGAGCACGCAUGAUAGCCAAGGCGAGGUCGAGUUCCCUGUAGUUGCUGUAAACAAUCAGGUGGCUUCGGAGCCUAAAGUGACAGCUGCUUUGCCAAAGGUUGUUGUCCAUCCUGUGAAUGUGUCCCCACUACGCGCCGACAGUCCCAGGGUUGUAGAGGGUACCUCAGAUCUUGCCACAACCCAGAGGCAGAGGGAUCUCCAGGCAGUGAACAUGAGAGCUAACGUCAUGACCCUGUCUUCCUUGAAGGAGGUGGACUGCGCAAGCCCACGGCAGGGAGCAGUAAGUGAAGAUGAGGAGCAGCAAUGCAAGUCACCUCCUGGUGGUGGGCAUGCUCAGCUGCAAAGACAGCAGGCGACUGACUUCUCCCAGCAGCAGCAAGGCAAGUGUCUGCUGAGCCCCCGCAGUUUGGGGAGUACAGACUCUGGUUACUUCUCACGAUCGGAAAGUGCAGACCAAGCAAUGAGUCCUCCAAGCCCAUUUGUCAAAAUCACCCCACCAACAGACAUGGAACAGACAUCCAAAAACCUGCUCCACAGCCCUAGCACAGUGGUGUCGACUGUUAUGCAGGCCACCAGCGAGAAACUCCCCACUAUACAGGGACAGAUGCGUCCACCUCUGGAGACUAAAGCGCUAUCGCUUGAGGAACAUAUUUCAAAGUUGAUUUCGGACAACGAAGCGGUAGUUGACGAUAAACAGCUGGACAGUGUCAAGCCCAGGAGGACUUCUCUGUCCAGACGAGGAAGCAUAGACUCCCCCAAGUCCUACAUAUUCAAGGAUUCCUUUCAGUUUGACCUUAAACCAAUGGGCAGGAGGUCAAGUUCCAGUUCUGACAUACCAAAAUCCCCAUUUACGCCCACGGAUAAAUCUAAACAGGUAUUCCUCCUGUCUGUCCCUUCUCAGUAUCCAUCUAUGGACUGUUUACCAAUAACGAGGAGUAACUCGAUGCCUACAACACCUGGAUUUUCCGCUCUUCCAAUCAAGGCUGCACCUCAGCCCCACCCUCUGCGCAUCUGUCAGUCGUUUGAUGACAAAAUCGCUCCUGCCAAUGACGAUGUGUUUACAUCCACCCCUCCAACCCCCAACCCAUCAGUGCAUGCCCGCACCCUUGUAAGGCAGAUUGCAAUUGAAGAUUCCUCUUCAGCUGAAGGACACGGGCUUUCCUCUGCCAGGUCCAUGGAUGAGGGCUACCAUGGCUCUAAUGUCUAUGCUGAUUCUCUGCAGAGAAGCAAGUCCUUUGAACAAGGUGCUGCACAGGAGAGAAAUAAAAAGCCCCACCAAAACAAAGGCACCAUGUAUGAGUGCGAGACGUGUCGCAACCGAUACAGAAAACUUGAAAAUUUUGAAAAUCACAAAAAGUUUUACUGCUCUGAGCUUCAUGCGCCAAAAAGUAAGUCCAUACCUGUCAGAGAGAUGGAUCCUGACCACAGUCUCCGGAGCAUCCAACAGCCUCAAGUGUUUCACCAGAGGACAAUAGGGGUAUCAGGCUUAAUGGAGCAGGUUUCAGCAGUCAGAAAAAGAAGGAAAAUGAAAAGUGUAGGAGAUGAUGAUGACCAGUCCCCAACAGACACCAGUCCUCCUUCUUCUGGAAGUUUUGAUUCAUCCCAUAUUUCCAAAGACAUCCAUAGUGGGCUCUUUUCUCAGCAUCCUACUGUAGUGGAUCUGCAGGCUACCGGCAGUUUGCCACAAAUCCCCCACGUGCAACUGAUAGCUAGAAGCACCGAAACAUCAGAUUCGAGACUUUCUCCUAUCAGGGAGGCACAAAUUAGUGUCAAUAGUAAAGAGAGGGGAGACCUACAGAGGCAAGGCAGCGUUACAUCUGUCAUUCGACACACAAACUCUUUGAGUAGGCCUAAUUCUUUCGAGACAUCGGAAUCAAUUGAUAAGUCUUCACCUGUUGAUAUUUUGGAAAGAGAAACCCAGAGUGUAACUAAAACCAUAACUGAAAGCCACUCUGAGACAACACCUGUAAAGAACCUCUGCGUUAGUGUAGAAAAGCCUGUGACAGAGCAACAUGGAGAUUCCCUAUCAGCACCACCAAAGAAUGGCACUUCAGCACAGCGACUGGUACGACAAAACAAUAUCCAGGUGCCAGAAAUUUUGGUAACAGAGGAACCUGACAGAGAACAAGACAGCCAAGGGCAUGAGCCAGAAAAACAUGUGGAAACAUUCAGCUGGCCACAGAGGAGUGAAAGUCUCUCCAAGCUGCCCACUGAGAAGCUGCCCCCUAAAAAGAAGAGGAUACGACUUGCUCAAAUGGAGCAUUCCUCUGGUGAGUCCAGUGUUGAGUCCACCUUGUCCUGUACCCUUAGCAGAGACAGUAGUUUGUCUCGUGGUUCCAGUGUAUCUGCUUCUUUUGACAGGGAUGACUUGUCCAGAUCGGACAGUCCAGUGAGGGGAGGAGAAUGUAUUGGGAAAUUGAUAGACUUUCAGGGAUUGCCUUUAGCUGCUAAUACUCUCGGAGUUCCUGAUUCGAGGGUAAUGAGGCGAGCUGCAUCAGAGCAGAUCAGCUGCAGUCAACCCUCUGUGGAAAUUACUACAGACUACCGCAGUAAAUCUUUUGACUGUGGAACAGCAUCACCCACCAGGUCCAUGUCACCACUGGAGAAUGUCUUACCAAAGAGUACACAAGCAGCCACAGGGGCCCAAGUGCCUCUCAUUGAAAGGAGGAGGGGGCCCCUUGUUCGUCAAAUGUCCUUAAAAAUUGGACCAGAGAAUCAGCAGCAAGUGGUUAAGCCGGCUAUGGCUGUCCAUAGGGUUCCAUCUGCAAAUGUAGUUCCUCCUCAUCCUCAAAGGCCGGCCACCAGGCCCAUUAUUUCUCAGCCUCUUAUUCCACACCAAGUUAGUCCUGUCGAAGCCCUUCAGCAAUCCAGUGCACCCAUAGUCCAGAGUAUUAACUUGGGAAGCCAAACUCACCAACCCCCAAUUUAUGGUCUUCCACACCCCUGGCAUCAGACCUCCAGGGUAACAUGCCAAAGUAUGCAACAGUCCUUAGUCCAGGAUGUGCCAGGUAUGUGGGAUCCUCAGAGCAACUCUACUGACUCACAGGACAAGAAAAUCUUUGUGCCCAAGUACCAGCUGAAGUACUCUGUCCUAAACGCAAGCCCAACAUACUCUCUCCCAGGCACUCAGGCGAUGCAGAUCAGUCCGUCUGUCAACAGGGCUCCCGUGAACAGCGAGACUGUUGCUGUGUCAGAGCCAACAGAUGGAGUUCAGAAUGCAUGUGCAACUCCACAGAAUCAACAGACUGCUCAUCUGCCAGCAUCCAUUGUGUUGCCCAUGUGCCUUCCAGGCACUUCGGCCUCAUACAGUUGGGCAGGUGUCACCCCUUUGCCACAGAUCCUAGUUACCCACGAACAGUUAAGCACUUCCUCCACUGUAGCUUAUCACAGUCACUCCUCUGCAGUACUCUCCACUGGCAGUGAUGUCAACAGUCCUCCAGACAGGCCACCAGUCUCUACUAGUCCCCAAUUACCCUGCAGCUUACCUGUAGAGAACGUGACCAAUGAGAAUAACAUCCAACAAGUAACAAGACCAGAUAGCUUGCAUUACCCUCAGAAGGUGUCACCUAUGGCCCUAUAUCCACAACAGGAGCCAGCAGCCUCCAGCAAGCGGAUGUUGUCCCCCGCUAACAGCCUGGACAUUGCAAUGGAGAAGCACCAGAAACGAGUGAAGGAUGAACAUGGUGCUGCUUGCCUUACUGAUGGCAGAUCACUUACUUACUUAAACUCCAAGAUGGUUGAAGUAACAAGGCAGCGAAAACUGAUUUUAGUCAGACAGGUCUGCACCACCGAGCCAGCAGACAGCCCACUAGGUUCUGAUGGUGGUCAGCAGGAUCAAGAGAAACCAAAAUCUGAGAAGACCCACACAUUGGAUUCUGAAAGAUGUGACAGCUCAAAGAUGAUGGUUCCCGAAGCUGUAGAACCUGUUGCUGUAAUCGAAGCCUCCAGAGAGGCAGCCUGUCCAGUGUCGACCUCUGCGUUGCACGUACCUCUGGGCCAUGCUGCUACUUUGCCAGCAAAAUCCCCACUGAAGUCACAAGGCAUGUGUGAGGAGAUGAAGUCCGUAGGCAAAUCUCCCGUGAGAUCAGUGGGCUUUCAUGGACAAGUGAAACAUGCCUCUUCAGUGUCAGUGGUCAAUGCAAGAGAUACCCAUCGUCUGUCUUUUCCCAGCCUAAAAACUGCGACCACCUUCACUUGGUGUUACCUUAUGAAGAGAAAGCCUCUCCACAUUCCCCAGACGGAUCAACGCAUCUCUGCCUACUCCAGCUGGUCUGUCAGUACUAACAACCCAAACCCACUAGGCCUACCCACUAAGGUGGUGAUGUCCUUAUUUGACUCCAAACAAACGACUAAGAAAACCCUCUACACUCAGUCCGUAACAACAAGUGUGAAAUCUGACAUCUUGACAUAUUCCAGUAAGCUGAAGGACAGCAUGCCCAAGGUCUUAAUUCCUCAGACAUCAAAAUCUAAGGAGGCCACAUGCAAAAUGAAAUCGGAUGCCCAGUCCAGGACUGAGGCAGACAGAGAGUCAUCCUCUUCCAAGACGGAGCCGAGACGGGUCAAGAUAUUUGACGGCGGGUACAAGUCCAACGAGGAGUAUGUGUAUGUGCGUGGGCGGGGCAGAGGGAAGUACAUCUGUGAGGAGUGCGGCAUCCGCUGCAAAAAGCCCAGCAUGCUGCGCAAGCACAUCCGCACGCACAGUGAUGUUCGACCAUAUCACUGUGCAGACUGCAACUUUUCCUUCAAGACCAAAGGGAACCUGACCAAGCACAUGAAGUCCAAGGCCCACAGCAAGAAGUGCAUGGAGAUGGGCAUGUCUGCGAGCCCAGCAGCGGACCCAGACACGGAGGACUCGGGGGACCGUAGCCAGACAGGAGCAGAACAUCCUGGAUCUGAGGGGGAGGAGUCAGACGGACCUGAGGAGGAGGACAAUGACGUAGAGGAGGACGAUGAAGAAGACAGCCAAGCUGACUCCAGCCUUUCUGCCACGCCCUCUGUCUCUGCCAGUCCGCAGCAUGUCCCAGCAGACGGCCCGCCCAGUGCCCUGUUGGCCCAGAUGUCCCUGUCCUGCAUCUCUCUCCCAUCCAGCAGCCCCCCUCUACCUGCAGUCUCCACCAGCGACUGCCACACAUCAGACACAGAGUCGGUGCCCAUGAUGAGUCCUGUCUCACCGUGCAGGCAGAUGUCCAUCGAAUAUCCGGACUCCGAGCUGCCCCUGAGCCCCCCAGGCCAGCUGGCGGCCAAGCCCAGCCAGGAGGUCUCAUCUACCUCCCCCAAGCAGAUGAGUGAAGUGGGUGUCCCAGUGGACCGCGGAACCCAGACCAGCCUCCCACCGUGCUCUGCCUACCUGCCCCCGGGCUCCCUCCACUUCUUGCCCCAGAGCCAGAUCCCGGAGGGCGGGGCAGGCGCAGCUACGCACCUCUUCAGCCACCUGCCGCUGCAUUCCCAGCAGCCGUCUCGCACCCCCUAUAGCAUGGUCCCCGUGGGUGGCAUCCAGUUGGUGCCUAGUGGCCUCGCGGCAUACUCCACCUUCGUGCCCGUGCAGGCCGGCCCGGUGCAGCUCACCAUCCCUGCAGUGUCUGUUAUCCAUCGCAAUAGCAGCCCUGUACCCACACCUGGCCCGAAGAGCCCCCCCCGGGUGGAGGCUGGCCCGGAGCCCGUCAGCGGUGGCGUCCUGCCCUGUUUGCCCUUGGGGCAGGUGGGUGUGGCUGGCCUGCAGACCCUCGCGGCGCCCCAGGCCGUACAGCCUUUGGGGGUGGAAGCGCUCACCCUCAUGGGCCUGGCCAACGCGGGAAUGCCCUCGACGCCGCUCCUUCCGCAGCCUGGCCUCGCCAUCAACGCUGUGGGCCUACAGGUGCUGGCUGCCAGUCCUGCCCCUCAAGGUAGCCCGACUCCCCAGGCUCACCUACCCAGCCUGCAGAUCCUCAACUUCACGCUGCCUGCCCUCAUUCCCUCGCUAAGCCCCGUUCCGCCCGCCUCCAAAGCUGCGGGGCUCACAGAGACGUUGAGUGCCAGGCUUUGCCAGGGAGAGCCUGGCAGCACUACGGCGACACCCCCUGGCACUGCCGCAGUCCAGCAGGUCUCCCAGGAGGCCACUUGUGACACGCGGCUCAGCGGGAGGCCCUGUUGUGAGGACAGUGGCUCGGGGAAUACCGCCGAGCCGUACGAGGAAAGGCCACCGCCGCCCUCCUGCCAGUUUCCAGAUGCCCAGGAAAGAGGUGCGCAGAGAGCGCCAUCGGGCCGAGCGAACACGCCAGGAACGGCCCGGCCAAAGGUCACCGUCCACUACAACGACGCUUCGAGCGACGAUGAGGACAGACUGGUCAUUGCCACCUGAAGCCUCGGUCAAACAGCUCAUUUUUUCUCCAAUGCUGGUCACUUUGUAGAACCUACAACACUCGGAUGGUGAGAGUCUCCGCUCGUCCUUCUUAAGCGUAUUUUCUCACAUGUGCAAUCAUGAAUGACAACGAAGACCAACGUUUUUACUUUUCUCACCUCCGGACAUUGAUUUUGUACAUGUUGUAUAGAAAAUUGUGCCUUGUCUAGGGAUCUGUAUAUAACUCAAACCCAGUAGUUGUGUUUGUUUAGAGAAUAUAGGUGUAAAAACAAAAAAAAAAGUGGUGGAGAAAUAUUUUGAAGUUUUAUGUAAUUGAUGUAUGGAAACCGUAUAUGUUGCACUGAUAAAUGUACAUUUCUCUAGCUUUGGGGCAGUUCCAGAGUACAGAUGUUGAAGUUCAAGCUAUUUAUUGUGUUCCAUCUGCUGGUCGUGGUCCGGUCCACCGGUCUGUGCACAGCUGUAGCUUCACAUUGUGCUAUCUAUCUAUAUCAGUAAAGCUUUGUUUACAAACAUGCAAUAAU